UUCGAUUUAUUUGGUUCGGUCUACCGGACUAGCGGAAGAACGUGGCUCGAAGGGAUCGAAACGAUCAAACGGUGGUGAGGCGCAGGAACGAACGGUCGGGAUCCGAGGACGCUGGUUGCGCUCGCCUUCGACCGUCGUAUAAAAGAGCAGGCGAUACCGAGAGAAAACCUAACGGCGGAGUCGUUUCGAUAAGGCGGUCCGAGCUCCUCUCUCGCGCUUGCUUCGUGGAGCCCGGCGAGUCUUUGAACCAAGAUGAAGUUCAAUAUUGCUAAUCCGACCACUGGAUGCCAGAAGAAGCUUGAAAUUGAUGACGACCAGAAGCUUCGUGCAUUUUUUGACAAAAGGAUCUCUCAGGAAGUUAGUGGAGAUGCUCUUGGGGAGGAGUUCAAAGGUUAUGUUUUCAAGAUCAUGGGAGGUUGUGACAAACAAGGUUUCCCCAUGAAGCAGGGAGUGCUAACUCCUGGUCGUGUCCGUCUGCUGCUUCACAGGGGUACACCUUGCUUCCGUGGCUAUGGAAGGCGUAACGGAGAGCGUAGGAGGAAGUCAGUUCGUGGUUGCAUUGUUAGCCCUGAUCUCUCCGUUCUGAACUUAGUUAUUGUCAAGAAGGGUGAGAAUGAUCUUCCAGGAUUGACCGACAUUGAGAAGCCGAGAAUGAGGGGACCCAAGAGGGCCUCCAAAAUUCGCAAGCUAUUCAACCUUUCAAAGGAGGAUGAUGUUCGCAAGUAUGUCAAUACGUACCGCCGAACAUUCACAACAAAAUCAGGCAAGAAGUGCAGCAAGGCACCAAAGAUUCAGAGGCUUGUGACUCCCUUGACCUUGCAGAGGAAGCGCUCCAGGAUCGCAGAGAAGAAGAAGAGGAUUGCUAAGGCCAAGUCUGAAGCUGCUGAGUACCAGAAGCUGCUUGCUACCAGGCUCAAGGAGCAGAGGGAGCGCAGGAGUGAGAGCUUGGCCAAGAGGAGGUCCAAGCUUUCUGCCGCCUCCAAGCCAUCCAUUGCAGCCUAGACUACUGCUUUUUAAGCAGGGAACAAGCUCAAGUAUUUUUUUGCUUCAGUAUUUGUGAUAAACACAGGCUGAUAUAUUUGUUUCUUUGAUGUUGACGUGGAUUUCGCCCACAUUUUCCUGCAUGAUUUUGCAAUCUGCCUGUUAGAUUGUAUUGGACUGGAAUUUAAUUGGCAAUGUGAUGGAGUAGAGUUGAAAACUUGUGCCA